AGUUUCUAAAUACAUCAAUACAUACACAUUCUCUCUCUUUCUACACAGGAAAAAGCCACUCUGUCACUGCUCUCCAAACACAAACAAAACGAGAACCCAAACGCAACCCACGCUGCUCUGCUACACACCAUAUGCCACGCCUUCUUCUUCUUCUUCGAUUUCAUCGAAUUUUUCCUGCGUAACCUUUUCUGGGUAUCCUCCAUUGGAUCAUUUCUCAUUACUAAUGUGUAGCAGAUAGCAAGCAGCAGAGACAGGGAGAGAGAAAGAGAGGUGGGUAAUGGAGCACAGGUGAAAGCAGAAGAGGGACCUACUGCUUCAUUUUUGGCGGGCAGCAACAGUCACUUUCAAUGAUUUGCUUUGGGUGCUGCCGGUGCUUCUCUCAAAUCACCUAUCUAAUCACUCCUCCAUAUUGCUAAGAGAAAGAGAGAGAGAAAAGAGAAACAGAGAUCUUUCAUCACAAAAACCAACCCGUCUUCUUCAAGCUUUCCUUUCUUUUCUCUUUCAUCAAGGGAGGAAGAGGAAAGGAAUUAGUUGGUGGGCUGUGGUCUUCGUUGCCGAAGCUAGGUUAUUUUUAAAAGGCAUUCUUGUUUUAGCUCCUUGGGCUGGAAGGGGAAUCCGCAGAUCUCAUUCAUAUGAGGAGAUCUUUAUCUCUGGUAGAUGUGCUUCUGGUUAUUGCAUUCCUUAGUAAUGCUCCAUGGGCUGUCAAUGGCGGCUCAAAUUGCAAGUACACCAGCUCAGGUGACAUUAGGCCUCAUAGUGUUACUAUUACAGAAUUUGGGGCAGUUGGAGAUGGAGUCACUCUCAACACCAAAGCUUUUCAGAAUGCCAUCUUCUAUCUCAAUUCAUUUGCUGACAAGGGUGGGGCCAAGCUUUUUGUGCCAGCUGGACGGUGGUUGACAGGAAGCUUUGAUCUCAUCAGUCAUUUAACUUUGUGGUUAGAUAAGGAUGCAGUAAUUCUUGGAUCAUUAAAUUCGGAUGAUUGGCCAGUUGUUGAUCCUCUACCAUCAUAUGGUCGAGGUAGAGAGCUACCUGGUGGUAGGCAUCGGAGCCUUAUAUUUGGACACAAUUUGACAGAUGUCAUUAUAACAGGUGAUAAUGGUACAAUCGACGGCCAAGGCAGCAUCUGGUGGGACUGGUUCAGAAAUGGAACACUGGACUACACUCGACCUCAUCUGGUUGAGUUGAUGAACUCAACUGGGGUUGUCAUUUCAAAUCUGACUUUCUUGAAUUCACCAUUUUGGACCAUCCACCCAGUAUAUUGCAGCCAUGUAAUUGUCCAGAAUGUUACAAUCCUUGCUCCUCUUGAUUCACCAAAUACAGAUGGCAUCGAUCCAGAUUCUUCCACUGAUGUUUGCAUUGAAGAUUGUUACAUUCGUACUGGAGAUGAUCUGAUUUCGAUAAAAAGUGGGUGGGAUGAGUACGGCAUUUCGUAUGGUCGUCCCAGUACGAACAUUAUCAUCCGCAGGCUCACCGGACAAACUCAAUCAAGCUCUGGGAUUGCCAUCGGAAGUGAGAUGUCUGGAGGUGUGUCAGAAGUUUAUGCAAAAGACCUACAUUUUUUUGAUUCAAAAACAGGUAUAAGAAUAAAGACAGCUCCAGGAAGAGGCGGUUAUGUCAAAAAUAUCUUCGUCAAUGGGACCAUGGAUAAUGUAAAAAUAGGUAUAAGGUUCACCAGUAACUAUAAUGAGCAUCCAGACAAGUCAUUUGACCCAAAUGCUCUUCCAAUAAUACAAGCAGUUACUAUUGAGGAUAUCAAAGGGGAUAAUAUAGGAGUAGCAGGCCUCCUGGAAGGUAUAGAAGGGGACAAAUUUCUGGAUAUCUGCUUAUUGAACAUUACCAUGAACGUGACCUCAAAACUUCCAUGGAACUGCUCUAAUAUUCAAGGAUAUUCUGACUGGGUUAUACCAGAACCUUGUGGACCUGUGAACGAAAAUAUCUUUCCAGAGCAUCGUUCGGAUUGUUUCCAUUUGUCAAAUUACUUGCGGAGCUCAGCUAAUAGAAAUAGAGGUUCUUGGUUGCUAUCUUGGUAAAUAAGGAAAAAAGUAUACUGUUUGCUUGGCAGAAAACCUUCUUCCCAUACAGUCAAUUAAAGAGGGUAGUUCGAUUCUUGCGAUUUCCUUACGCAACUGUCCAAGGACAUGAUUGCCUGACGAAGAAACUGAGUGAGUUGCUGAUAUGUGGUUGUUGAUCUGUGAGGUGGUAUUGAGAGGAUUGUUUCUUGUAACUUUGUGUGCAGUAACAAAUAAUUGAGUGAUUUGUAGAUGAGCUUUAUAUUUCAAUUCAUCGUUUGUAGCUCUCUUUUUGUCUUAUACAAUGGUAUUUGGAAAGAUUCAAAUUUUGGAGGAAAUAGAUUUUGAGGUUGUUUGGGUGAGAGAAA